CACCGCUCGUCCUGAAAGAUCUUUUUUUACGCUCUCCUACCGUUUACCGAGUGAAUAUUCCGUUUGUGCGCGUCUUCCUCGCCAUAUCCAGUCAGGUUAUGAACAACAUCCCGGCUGGUUUCACAUAUAUAUCAGCGCGGCGCCGUCAGAAACUGUUAGCUUCCAGCCGAGUUGCUCCGCGUUGAGUUAUUUCAACAGGUGAAGUUCAGGUCCUCCGGUUUGCCACCUCUCCCGGACACGUCUCGCAGGUUCUUGUUGUUGCGGGUUAGUUAGCUACCAUUAGCUGUCAGCAGUGCUAUGGGCAGCCUUUCAUUUCGCGUGUCAUGCUGCUCGGCCGCUUCGUGUUGACCCUCAGGUGCACGUGUUCAUCAAUUGUUUGCGUCCGGAGGUCACGUGCUGCGUGUGAGCUGUCAGCUCGGAGGCUGCACCCUUCGGCUGCCAAGCACUUCCAAAAAGUCUGCAUCAGCCCACCUGAACACCUCCAGACACAGUCCAGCCUGCACGUGCUGUCAGUGUGUGACAUGCAGCCAGCUGGGAUCUCCUACGGAAGAGAAGCCUCUGCAGUUGCCACGGGUGAUGGUGACGGUGAAGAUGAGGGGGGUGGCCGAUGUCCUGUAGGACAGGAGAGUACAGUAGAAGAGGGGGAGAUCAGGAAUGAGCUGAAGAAUACAGACCAGGUGGAUGUAGUCAGCAUGGAGGCCCAGAAAGGUUUCACAGACUCUGCUGCUGAAUCUCACGCGAAGAAGACAAAGAGGAAGAUGAGGAUAGAGAAGAGAAAGCUGUCAAAGAAAAAAGUGAAGUCUGGUGAUUCGUCUGACAAUUUAAUGUCGGAGCUUCCAUUUGCUCUGACCAGCCCUGCCACGUGGAAAGCACUUGAAUUCACUAACUCCGACGCUAGGGAGAAGAAGAGGAAGAGGAAGAGAGGAGAGUGUGGAGGGAGAGUGGACAGUGAGGAGGAUGGCGAGAAGAAGAAGAAAAAGAAAGAGUACCAGCGGCCCAACUACUUCGUCUCAAUCCCAAUUACAAACACUCAGAUCAGCUCAGCGGUGGCUGAGGUCCAGGAGGCCGUGCUUCAGCAGGAGCCCCGCUUGGCCAAAGCCAUGAUCCCCAUCCCGACUCUUCACAUCACGCUUUUAGUCACUCAUCUCGCCAGUCAGGAGCAAGUAGACUUGGCGGCAGCGGUGCUGGCUCAGGCUGCGCCCUCAGUGGCUGAGCUGCUGGGUGGGCGGGACCUGGUGCUGCCCUUCACAGGGAUCAGUCAUUUCAGGAAGGAGGUGGUGUUCGUGGGGCUGCCCGGCGGACAGCACAGACACACUCUGGACGCCCUGGCAGGGUUGUUGAGGCGUCACUUUGCGGAUCAAGGUCUUCUCCAAGGCGACUGCCAUGGGUUUGAACCCCACCUCACCAUUAUGAAGCUGUCUAAAGCGCCGAAGCUACGCUCACAGGGUAUAAGACGUGUGGAUCCCGCCCUUUACUCCAACUAUACCGACAACUUUUUCGGAGACCAGACCGUGGAGCGAGUCGAUCUGUGUUCUAUGUUGAAGAAGAAGCAACAGGAUGGAUACUACCACACUGAGACUUCACUACCACUCGGUGGGCGUCGCCGGCCCGAGCCCGAUGAGGCGGAGCUGCUGAGGGUCAGCAGGCGACUGGUGGAGGAUGCCGUCAACCGGGCCCUGCAGCAGUACAAACAGGAAACGCUCCAGAACGGGGGCGGACCUAACGCCGCCGCGGCAGCGCAGCCCCCCGGGAACGCCGAGGACGCGGCCACAAAGACGGACACUACAGCUAACUCCACCACGGACAACAGGAAGUGACAUCACCGGACUGCGGGACGGGGACUGAAUUCAAUAGAAGAAGAAGGAAGAAAAAAAAAAAUCAAGAGAACAGCAGCGGUGGAACCAUCAGCCCCUCACCGGGAGGCGAGUCCGGAGACGCAGUUAGCGCCCUCUGCUGGCCAGCACCUGUCCACCCGCCCUGGCUCGACACUAGUUAACUAGAUAAUGUAGCUUGAGAUCAGUGCUCGACGACCUCCCCUCCAGCAAAGCCCAUAAUCUGACCCGCCACUCCGACGGAACGCGCAUUGUUUCUCCUAUCCCGGCGGGCGUUUCUCUCCCAGAGUCGGAACACGUACUAAGCCCGCCGUUCAAGACUAACGUGCGCCUGUGGGCCUCACUGUGACCUGCUGCUCGGAAACCGUCUGAAAGACAGAGGCGUCCUGCUUUGGUUCUGUUGACAGUUUGGUUGAAAGCAGAUUUUUAGUUUCCCUUUUCUAAAACUUUCUGGAAAACAGGUGAAGAUAGAACAAGAUGGUCUCACUCGCCUUCGUAUAUUUCUUUGCUUUUUGAUAUCAGCGGCGUCCUCGCACACAGACGGGCGGUCGGUCGUUCAUCUGCUCGUCUCUGCGGCUGAAGAGUGACUGACCGGAGGCUUCCUUCAAGCCUUUGUGUCAAACCCGGUUCGUUACGUUCGGUCUGCGCAGGCACAGUGCUUCAGUUAGCUAAUCUUCUUUAAACUAGCGGCAUUUAAUUAUAUGCUUCAGAUGUUCGUUUUCCUAAAUUACAUUUCCCCGCAGCCCCCCCCCCCCCCCCCCCCCCCCGUCCCUCGCGGCUCUGCUUUGAGUGCUGAAUUAACAAAGUGUGGUGUCCCAUUGAGGCAGCACUGAGACAAUCACUAAGUGAAGAUAAAUACAGUAUUGAAGCAGAAAUAGCUGAUUUUGAAUCCUGCCUGGACUCCUUAUGGAUCCACACACACACUCCGGGAUACAGCUGUAUCAUUAUUAAAAAAAAAAAAAAAAAAAAAAACACUAAUUCCAUGAGAAAUAUCAAGUGGGGCCAGUGAUCAUGCUUUACUAAUUCAGUAUAUACUAUGAGUUGCUAAGAGCACAAAUUUUCUUUUAAUACAAGCUUAAUCGUGGUCUGCUUGUCCCAGCUCCAUUUUUCUGUUUGUUUCCCUCUAAACACGAAGAGAUCUUCCACUCAACACAUUACUGUCAAGUCAGACUUGAACCGAAACAACAGCUUUGACAUGAAUUCUGCCUUCACAAAGACACCGAUGUGGGAUUUUACCCCAAAGUUCCCACAAACUAAUGUUUCCUGAACUGUGGGUAGGAAUCCGGAUGUCGAUGGUAAAGUGACCGGUGAGCAGAGGCGGCUGGAGUCGAGAGGCCUUCCCCUCUUUCGUACUGUAACGUUGCACGGAGCGGCGAUUCGCAAGGAGACGCAAGGGUUGAGAGGUUAACUCAGACAAUCGCUGCUGUCAGCUGAAAACCCUCCGGCUCUUCGUUUUAGCGUCUUCCACUUUUCUUUUUUUUUUUUUUUUUUUUCUUCGUCAGACUUGAAAACAGAUCGGCCUUCCCCGCGUCGUGUUCGGCCCCCACCGCUCGCCACCUCCAUCAGUGCCAUUCAGAAACACUUGCGCAUUAAUGUGAAUUUGGAGGAGAAUCGUUCCUUUUAAAAAAAAAAAAAUACUCCAGGAGAUGAGGUUUCCAACUGACAGCAUAAUAACCGUACAAUGAAAGGAGAAAAAAAAAUGACUGUUUAAUCUUUUUAUUAACUAUUUAUUUGCUUUUACCGCAGAAUUUAUUCCCUGUUGGAAAAAAAAGUAUGAAUAAAUGUGAAAACUUUUGUUUCAAGAUGACAGUAAAAAACCACUCAGUUUUGCAUUUUUGAUGGUAUUAAAAGCACAAAAAAUGUUAAAAGUUUUUGUUUUUAUGAGCCUUUGGUUUCAGAUUUUAUGGAGCAGGUAAACUUAAAUCACCUCCGUUCGAAGUGGCCUUCAGUCACUCAACGUCUCCGUUUUCUUGUAAGUGCUCUGGGGGCGACGGCGCGCAGGGGGGACGUCUGGAGCCGCCGUGGCAUCGGAGGCCGACGUCUGCCGAGUAAAACCGCCGCACGAAGAGUUAGGACGUUUGAGAUUGGUGACAAUAUCCCACACGGAAAGCUGAUUUUUUACCGAGGCGAGAGCGUUAAGCUCUACAGCAGCAGCUGGAUUGUUUCCUCCACCAAACAACUAAUGUCCUUCCUCUUCCUGCGGAGUUUAUUAGCCUGUGGCUGAAGUUGGAUUUCUGAAUCAAAUGUUUAAAAAAAAAAAAAAAAGUCCACCAUAAAACAGAACACAUGUUUCUCAUUACUGAAGUGUGUGAACAGA